CACAAGGAUGCAAGGUUAAACCUCAAAGAAGAAGAAGAGGAAUAGGACUCUCACUUUUUUAGCUCACAAAACACAGCUAUUGUAAGAUAGUGCGAUGCUGUUGACACAAAGAUGACCUGCAUGACCCUGCGCCUAUGACCGACAGAGAACAUCUAAUUUAGUUGGUCAAACGCGAGGUUCCACACAGGGAGACCCAUGCUUUCUGAUGAGCUUGACUCCAAACCAGAGCUGCUGGUGCAGUUUGUGCAGAACGCGUCCAUCCCCUUGGUGCAGGGUCUGGAGGAUUUAGAGUCCAAACACUCCUGCCUGCCCCUGCUGGCUCCAGCUGUCAGCUCGCUGUGCAGCCCGCUGGAGUUCACAGGUCACCAGCCCAUCACUGCUCUUCUUUUGUCCCUUACAGCAGAUGGAGGCCUGAGCCAUGUGCCUGAGAGGUCUCCCUCCCUGUCUGAGUUCGGAGGAGUGUCAGUGCGAAGCCCAUUAGUGAUCCAGACACACAGUCACCAACGGGCCUCCCCCAGCCCCCCGCCCAUCCUCCAUGACCUACAGCAGUCCGACAGCACUUCCUACGUCCUACUGAACCUUGCCAAAGACUCUCCUCACCUUUUAUGCAUCACAGCCUCCUCAGAGUCCCUGAUCUUCGCCGCAGACGGCGCCGGGGACGAUGACGAUGAGGUGGUCUCGUCGGGGGACUACGGGAUCGACGGCAGUGCUCCCUGGUAUCUGCGGGUGCAGGAGCUCGCACACGACAGCCUGAUCGCCGCCACGCGGGCACAAAUCGCGAGAGAUGCCCGGGCCUGCCAGGACGCCAGAGCUGCAAGUGUCAGCAAUGGCGACCACACGCACGGUUCCCCGGCAGACGGGGACAAGCGGGAGCUGCCGACUCGGACCAGCCGCCCCCUCUCCAAGCAGGUCCUCCGCUGCUCCUUCGAGGGCUGCUGCAGGACGUUCACUUGGCCGGCUCACCUCAAAUACCACCUGAAAACACACAGGAACGACCGGAUGUUUAGGUGCGGCGCGGAGGGCUGUGGGAAGAGUUUCUACGUGCUGCAGAGGCUGCAGGUUCACAUGAGGACGCACAACGGAGAGAAGCCCUUCACCUGCAAGGAGAAGAACUGUGGCAAGAAAUUCACCACGGCUGGAAACCUGAAGAACCACAGGCGCAUACACACAGGGGAGAAGCCUUUCCUGUGUGAGGCAGAUGGCUGUGGGCGAUCCUUUGCCGAGUUCUCCAGUCUACGGAAACACAUGCUCGUGCAUUCUGGUGAGAAGCCUCAUCACUGCGGAAUCUGCGGGAAGACUUUCUCUCAGUCGGGCAGCAGGAACGUCCACAUGAGGAAGAGGCACGGAGAGGAGGGGCUCGGCAGUGAGAGCAGAGAAACAGGAGAGGCUCUGACACACAGCAGCCUGCUGGAGGCCGACGGCGAGAAUGGAGACACUAUGGUCACCAUGACAACGGCUGUGGAACCCAUGAAUCUUCACCACGCCAUGCUGAGAUCACCAGGCUCCGCGGAUUCGGUGGUUGUCCUCUCUCAGCCCCAUGAAUUGGUAACCAUGACGACCGAAGGGCAUGCGUACGGAGAAGAUGUGGUGGCGCUGCUGUAGUCUGCCAUCGUGAGAAAUCAUCGACACACUGAACGUCUCUGUGUAAAUACACCAAUCGCUGACGUUCACCCCCUUGUAGAUAUUUGUAAUUAUCCACCGAUGAUGCUUUUAUUUUGAAAUGGCAAAGUUUGUACAAACAACCUUUUUCCUUUGAACAAAUACUCCCAAAGAAAUAAUGAGACGGGUUUAAAAGUUUAUGAGAAUAUAAUGACCAUGCAUUGUACAUUAUGUAAACAGCAGUGUGAAAUGCAGCGAUGAUGGAAAAUGCGUCCCAUUCCUUUUUGAAAAUGAAAUGGCUAUAAAUGUACCAGUUGCCCAUUAUUACUAACUACAAAACACAUGAUAUCAAAUCUACUAAAGCACAGUGUCAUGUUGCUGCAUGUAAACAUUGGUCUUGCAAACCCCUUACAAGACAGACCCCCCCCCCCCCUCCUGUUUAUCAUCCCGACGAAAACAUCACUCUCAAACAAAUUGGGUUUCCGGUAAUGCCCCGAGCUGCAUUAACGGUUAUUGGCAACAUCUCUCACUCAAGUGUCAACCUUCAGUGCUCCACUUGUUCUCUGAGUAAGACAACACAUUGCUCAUUUACAAUAUAUUAACACUAGAGUGCUUUUUUUAAACGAAAAUAAGAAUUACUCAUGCAGCCGUUAGAUAACCUGUGUGUUACCGAGCACCACCUACUCCUGCCUUCUCCUCAGAGGAUCUUCAGGUCGCGGAGGUGAUCCAACGUGGCGCCUAAAGCCCAGCUGGCCUCCACGUUGUUCACUUUCUUGGUCAACUAGGAGAGGGGAAGAAGAAAAACACCAAAUCACUCAAAUGCCUUUUGUAUUUAUUUAAAUAAAAAAAGUAACAGAA